CGUCGUUUCGGCUGUUGUAAUUCUCUCUCGUCCCCGCCCCCUUCCCCCAUCCACCCAUCACCACCACCACCACCACCACCCAUCCACGGCUUCACCCUCACCUGCUUCCCCGGCUUCUCAUCACCGGAGUGCCGCGAUGUGCGCCCGGUACCGGAGCUGGCUGUGGGUCUGGUCCGCCCUGCUGAGCCUGAGUGACCGGACCCGGGCUCUGGAGCUCCGCGAGCUGUUCGCGUUCGGAGCGGAGGCCGGUGACCAGCAGCUUCCGCCCGGCUCGGACUCCGCGGCCGAGCUGCCCCUCCGCGGCUCCCUGUUCUUCUUCCAGAGAGCCUUCGACCGGGUUUACAUAAACACCAACGGAUUGGUGUCUUUCGACGGGCCCCCGAAGGAGCAGGAGUACCUGGGGAAGAUGCCUGCCGGUUUCGGAAUGAUUGCAGCGCUGCUCGGAGACCUGGAGGACAGCGACGGACAGGGAAAGGUCCAUUUCAGGUGGGACAGCAGCCCGGAGGUCCUGAGCCGAGCCGCGGAGUACGUCAGCCGAGCUUUCCCCAGAGACGAGGGGGUGGAGCCCACCGCCGCCCUGGUGGUCACCUGGGAAAACAUGGCCGCCCGGGGGACAACCGGGCGAGGAGACGGAUUGGGCACAAAGAGAAACACCUUCCAGCUGGUGGUGGCCUCCAUGGAGUCGUCCUCCUGCGCCAUCCUCUUGUAUCCCCGGAGCGGUCUGCAGUUUGUCUCCACGUCGGUAGGGGGCGAGAACAAGCUCCUCGAGGCCGGCUUCAACCAAGGCCUCGUGGCGGGUUGGUUCUGGAAGGACUCGCAGGGGACUUACUUCCGCACCACCACAGACGAGGAGACCUCCGUCAGGGACCUCGCCGAAAAGACAAACUCAGGCCAGAAUGGAGUUUGGGUGUACGAGAUCGGCUCCUCGCCGUUCUUUCAUGCCAUUGCACCAGGAACGGUCACUGGCUUACUUGAAGAGGAGGAGGAAGCCACCACGCCUGCUGUGGAGGUGACUCCGACCGAGUAUCAACCCAAAUACCCAGAACCUGAGAGCAUCACUCCAGGGUACACCGAACCGAAGACUGAAGAUUAUGAAGGACCUGGUCAAUCUGAACCUGAGUACCCAGAACCUGAGACCAUCACUCAAGGGUACACCGAGCCGACGACUGAAGAUUAUGAAGGACCUGGUCAAUUUGAGCCUGAGUACCCAGAACCUGAGACCAUCACUCCAGGGUACACCGAACCGACGACUGAAGAUUAUGAAGGACCUGGUCAAUUUGAGCCUGAGUACCCAGAACCUGAGACCAUCACUCCAGGGUACACAGAACCGACGACUGAAGAUUAUGAAGGACCUGGUCAAUUUGAGCCUGAGUACCCAGAACCUGAGACCAUCACUCCAGGGUACACAGAACCGACAACUGAAGAUUAUGAAGGAACUGGUCAGUUUGAGCCUGAAUUCUCUGAAUCGGAGACAGUCACUCCAGGGUACACCGACCCCGAAAAGGCUGAACGAAGAUACCCAGACCCUUCUGAGCCGAGGUACCCCGACUCUGAGCCUUCCCAACCCAGAUAUCUGGACCCUGAAACCAACGAGCCGAGAUACUCUCCAGUCGACCCGACGCACCCUGAUCUAGUCCAACCAGUACCGCGCCAUUCCCGGCCCCAGCAACCCCAGAUCGUCGUGGUAGACGAGGAGGAAGCUCUCGACGUGACCGUUUUUGCGUACAAUUCGGAGACGUGCGCCCACAACCGGCUCAAGUGCUCGGCUUUCGCAGACUGUCGGGAUUACAGCAACGGGUACUGCUGCCACUGCAGGCCGGGUUUCUAUGGUAACGGGAAGGACUGCGUAGCUGAGGGCAAACCACAGAGAAUGAACGGCAAAGUGAGCGGCCGAGUCUUCGUGGGCAACUCGCCCUCCGCCGUCGAGCUCAGUAACAACGACCUGCACUCGUACAUGGUGGUGAACGACGGGCGGGCCUCCGUGGCCAUCAGCAACAUCCCCGACGCCCUGGGCCCCUCCAUGCUGCCGCUGACGCCCCUUGGCGGCGUGAUCGGCUGGGCCUUCGCCCUGGAGCAGCCCGGCCACCGCAACGGCUUCAGCCUCAUCGGCGGCCGGUUUUCCCGGCAGGCCGAGGUGACCUUCCACCCCGGCAACGAGCGGCUGACCAUCACGCAGCAGUUCAAAGGCAUCGACGAACACGACCACCUGGUGGUGGACACCGAGCUGGAGGGACGCCUGCCCGCCGUCCCGCUGGGGUCCUCCGUCGAGAUCAACCCGUACCAGGAGGUCUACCAGUACGACAGGAACCUGAUCGCGUCCUCCUCCAACCGCGACUACACCGUCACCUCCCCCGACGGCGAGGUGCAGACCAGGAGCUACCAGCUGCGACAGAGCCUCACCUUCGAGGGCUGCGCGCACGGCGAGGCCUCCGGGGCGGCGCCGUCCACCCAGCAGCUCAGCGUGGACCGCGUCUUCGUAAUGUUCGAGGCCCACAACCGGCUGAUCCGCUACGCCACGAGCAACAAGAUCGGCUCGGUGCACGGCAGUGAUCCCGAGCAGAACCCGUGUUUCACCGGCCGACACGGCUGCGACAUCAACGCCGCGUGCCGCCCGGCCGAAGGCCUCCAGUUCAGCUGCCAGUGCGCCGCCGGUUUCAUCGGAGACGGGCGCUACUGCCACGAUGAUGACGAGUGCAGAUCUCCAGAGAUCUGUGGAUCCAACGCCGUCUGCAAUAAUCAGCCCGGAAGUUUCCACUGUGAGUGUUCCGCCGGUUUCCUGUUCGCCAGCGACGGAAAGACCUGCAUCGAGGAGAAGCGCCCGGCGGAUCCCUGCCAGGGGGGAAGCCACGACUGCGAUGCCCCAGAGAGAGCGCUGUGCAGCCCCGCCGGGGGCGCCGCCUUCGCCUGCUCCUGCCUGCCGGGCUUCGAGGGGGACGGCCGGCUCUGUCGGGACGUGGACGAGUGUCAGCAGGACAGAUGCCACAGCGCCGCCUUCUGCUCCAACACGCAGGGCUCCUACGCCUGCCAGUGCCAUCCCGGUUUCCAUGGCGACGGCUUCCAGUGCAGCCCCGCCUCCUCCGAGCGCGAGGCGACGGCGUGCGAGCGCCACAGAGAGAGCGCCCGGGCAGCCGCCCCCGGCUUCCCCUCCACGUUCCGCCCCCGGCCGGCCGUCGGCCACUACGUCCCCCAGUGCGACCAGCGCGGGGCCUACGAGUCCACGCAGUGCCACGCCGCCAUCGGCCAGUGCUGGUGUGCGGACGCCGCCGGACGGGAGAUCCCCAACACCCGCAUGGGGCCCGGCAGCGCCCACCUGUGUAUCGACCAGGCGGUGACUCCCGGUCCGGGGGGUCCGACCCCACGGCCCGACGUGCACCCCGUCCCGUCAGGGACGCACCUGCUGUUCGCCCAGAGCGAGAUCGAACGCGUUCCUCUGGACGGGUACGACAUGCAGCAGGAGGAGGCCAAACCUCUGCUGUACCUCUCGGACCGGGUGGUGAUCGCCGUGGCCUACGACUGCGUGGAGGAGAUGGUUUACUGGACCGACAUCACCGAGCCGGCCAUCAGCCGGGCCCGCCUGAGCGGAGGAGACGUCGUCCCGGUCGUCACUACAGGGCUCCAGAGUCCCGAGGGCCUCGCCAUCGACCACGUGGCCCGCCUCCUCUUCUGGACCGACUCCGCGCGCGACACCGUGGAGGUCUCCCAGCUGGACGGCGGCCGGCGCCGCGUCCUCCACGACACGGACCUGAUCAACCCUCGAGCCAUCGUCACCAACCCGGCGUACGGGCGGCUCUACUGGUCGGACUGGAACAGGGACGGGCCCAAAAUCGAGAUGUCCAACAUGGACGGGACGGAUCGGUCGGUGCUGGUGAAAGACGACUUGGGGCUCCCCAACGGUCUGACCUUUGACCACGAAGGCCAGCAGCUGUGCUGGGCCGACGCAGGUGAGACUAACCUGAGCCCCCCCCCCCCCCCCCCCCCAAAUCGCUAUCACGGCUACAGUGGCGCCUGGCUAAGGAUGGACGCGAACGACCUCGGAGAGGGCCUGAUGCAGCCGGCGGUUGCGCUUGGACGGAUGCUGGGGGAGAUCGCCGCGAUGCAGCGCGAGCAGGCCGAGGCCAACCGGCACUUCCUGGGGGCGCUGCAGGCUGCUACAGACCGGCAGACCCAGGUAUUGGAGCAAUUGGCGGCCCGACCGGUCGCUUCCCCAACGACGCCGGGUCCCUCGGCGUAUGCGGGCGUGGUGGUGCACAAGAUGACCCCGGAGGACGACGUACAGUCAUACCUGGAGAUGUUCGAGGCAAUGGCGGGGGCGUGUGGCUGGCCGGCGGACGAGUGGGCGAUCCGCCUCCUGCCGCUCCUAACCGGGGAGGCGCAGACAGCGGCCCUGGGCCUGCCACCCGGUCCCAGGCACGUCUACGCCAGCGUGAAGAAGGCCAUCAUGGAUCGACUGGGGCUCUCCCCCGAGGACCAUAGGAGGCGGUUCCGAGAGGCGAGGCUGGGGCCGGGGGACCGCCCGUUCCCAUUUGCCCAGCGACUCACAGACGCGGCCAACAGGUGGCUGCAGCCGGAGGGCGCGGGAGGGGCGCCGGCGGUGGUGGAGAAGGUGGUGAUGGAGCAGUUCCUGGAGGGUCUUCCGCCGCGGACUGCGGCCUGGGUCCGCUACCACCGGCCGGCGACGCUGGAAGCCGCCGUGACCCUCGCCGAGGACCACCUGGCGGUGCACCCCGGGGGCCGUGGGGAGGGCGGUCGGCCGACCGCAUCGACGCAGCCCGUUCCCGCGCCACGACGGAGUUCCCCGCGGCCUGUUGCGACUCGGCCCCCUCCGUCCCCGCGCGCCCUAGCCCCUCAACGGGGUACUGAUCCACCCGGCCUGGCCGGCACCCUCCCUGACCUACAGAGGGCUCCUCAACCGCCAGGGCAGGAGUGUUGGAGGUGCGGGCAGCCCGGACACUACCGGCGGGAGUGCCCGCUAAUGGAGGUGGGCCAAACGGUGCGGGUUGCCGGGCCUCCAGCACCCUCCCCCGGUCUGGGAGCGACGUACAGCGUUCCGUACGGCGUCACCGCGACACCGGCCCAGUGUCCGCAAGCCUACAACCACUGCGCCGACAACGGCGGCUGCUCUGGCCUGUGCCUGCCGCGGCUCGGCGGCUUCACCUGCCGCUGCCCGGACGCCGGCCCGUGUGAGGAGGGGAGCCCGUGAGGUCCGCAGGGAGGAGCCCGAGAGCACUGCUGCAGGGAGACAGCCGGGGACACGCUCCACUCAGUUUGGGGUUUUUCCACGUUCCCUUACUUGAACGGAACAUUUCGUACGCUCGUCUUUUUGGGCCUCAGUGUGCCUCUGGCCCUUCGGACCUCGCUGUGCUCGUGAUGUCACGCUUGCAGGUGAGACGCCGUUUGUGAUCCGACUCCUGGUUGAAGUUUCUCUCCAAAAAUGAGAAGAAAGUUGACGAUAAAUCUAAAGUACAGGGAUUAUUUAAAUGACCACAUUGACCAAACAGUUGAUAAGUUAUUUGAAAAGGUAUCAAACGUUGGACUUCCUGUUGUGUUUUCAUGUAUUUGUAAAAGUGAAACUGCUUAUUGAUUUCUUAUAGAUAACUGCGUACAACAAUCAUAUAAUUCUGUUCUACAAAGAUCAAAGUACCGGAGGCGAAAGGAUCCUCGGGGCCUUUAAAAGCUUUCUCAAAAUAAAAGAUAAAAAAGCUCAUUUUACAAAAAGUUCUUCCUGCGGAGCCGGCAGUCGACUGAUCAAUAAUCAAUAGAGGCGGAAGGCGAUCGCAUCAACUCCAGGUUUCAACGUUCUAACGAGAAUUGAAAGCUUUAUUGCAGUGAUUUAAUUCAAUGAAUUGUACGGAUGUUGUCGUUUUUUUCUUUUCUUUUUUUAAGAUUACAAAAGUCUCUUGACAAAGAUUUUCUGAUUGAAAUCUGUUUUGUUUUUUUCUUAAAUAGCAAACUGUUUAAAAAACAUAAACACAAAACCAUCGGAGGCGUUUUUUUGUUGACAAUCAGCAAAGAUGAAGCUAAAUAAAGGCUGAUUGUUUGUUUCUGACUAAAUGUACUAAUCUUUAAUUGUAAAAUGAAACAAUUCUGUUAUCAUAAUGAACUGUAUUUCUAUAUUUGAUCAAUCCUUGAUGUUAAAAUUAGAUCUUUAAGCUCAGUAUUUCAUAAGAGGACCUCACAACGCGUACAGUGUUUUCUAUUGUUACAACUCAGUGUAUUUUUAUAUGAACGUGUAAAUAAUGAGCUCCUGUGCUGUUUAUUGGUGGUGAUCCACCGAACGACGACUCGAGGUGUUUUCACAGUGAAGACUUCAGUCACCGAAAUCUGUUUUCAUCUAAAAUAAAAGUAAACAAACAACAAAAAACCAUCUCAUAUUUUCUCUAAUGUGUGUGUGUGUCUCAAUAAAGAAAACGUGUCGUCAUUCUGCA